CUCCCCUUUUGAAAAAUUUCAAAUAUCUCUUCUCUCUCUCUCCCGCUCCUAUUCUCCGAUUCAGAAUUUGGUAGUGUUUGGAUCUAAGACUGUAAAUCUCUCUUUCUCUCUCUAAAAUCUCUAUCUCUCUCCGUCUGUAUCGCGUUUUCUCAUUCACUUUUCCGAUCGAUAAUGUCUGGCCGUGACAAAGAGAAAGGCGUCAAUGUUCAAGUCCUUCUUCGUUGCAGGCCUUUUAGUGAAGAGGAGUUACGAAGUAAUGCCCCGCAGGUGGUGACUUGUAAUGAUUUUCAGAGAGAGGUAGCUGUUUCCCAGAGUAUUGCUGGGAAGCAUAUAGAUAGAGUCUUCACAUUUGAUAAGGUUUUUGGCCCAGCAGCUAAACAAAAGACCCUUUACGAUCAAGCUGUAGUUCCUAUUGUUAAUGAGGUUUUAGAGGGUUUUAAUUGUACAAUUUUUGCCUAUGGGCAAACUGGAACAGGGAAAACAUUCACUAUGGAAGGUGAAUGCAAGAGGGCCAAGAGUGGUCCAAAAGGUGAACUUCCUCCAGGGGCAGGAGUGAUUCCAAGGGCUGUCAAGCAAAUAUUUGAUAUGCUUGAAAGUCAAAAUGCAGAAUAUAGUGUGAAAGUUACUUUUCUGGAGUUGUAUAAUGAAGAGAUAACUGAUCUCCUUGCCCCAGAAGAAAUAUCUAAAGCUACCCUUGAGGAUAAGCAGAAGAAACUAUUGCCUCUCAUGGAAGAUGGGAAAGGUGGGGUUUUAGUAAGAGGUCUAGAGGAGGAAAUUGUCACAAAUGCAAGUGAGAUAUUCAGUUUACUUGAAAGGGGAUCUGCAAAACGCCGUACUGCAGAAACUCUUCUAAAUAAACAAUCAAGUCGUUCGCAUUCUCUAUUCUCCAUAACCAUUCACAUCAAGGAAGCAACUCCAGAGGGUGAAGAAUUGAUCAAAUGUGGCAAACUCAAUCUGGUUGAUCUGGCUGGUUCAGAAAAUAUAUCUCGUUCUGGGGCUAGAGAUGGUCGUGCAAGGGAAGCAGGAGAGAUCAAUAAAAGUUUAUUAACACUGGGAAGAGUGAUCAAUGCUCUUGUGGAGCACCUUGGGCAUAUUCCUUACAGGGACAGUAAGCUUACGCGUUUACUCCGCGAUUCAUUGGGAGGUAGAACUAAGACUUGCAUUAUUGCUACUGUAUCUCCAGCUGUACAUUGUUUGGAGGAGACACUUAGUACGUUGGAUUAUGCCCACCGUGCAAAACACAUAAAAAACAAACCUGAGGUCAACCAAAAAAUGAUGAAAUCAACCCUUAUUAAAGACCUUUAUGGUGAAAUGGAACGUCUUAAGGCAGAGGUUUAUGCUGCUAGGGAGAAGAAUGGUGUAUACAUACCAAAAGAGCGGUACUAUCAAGAGGAGUCUGAAAGAAAGGCAAUGUCAGAGCAGUUAGAAGUACUUGGUGUCACUAUAGAAACCCAACAGAAGCAACUGGAGGAGUUGCAAGAUAGUUACGAUUCAAAAGAUCAAGAAUGUUCUGAUUUGAGUUCUGAACUCAAUGACACCCAGAAAACUUUGACUGGAACAAACAAAAUAUUGGCAACGACUAAGCAAGAGUUGAUGAAAUGUGAAUAUGCUCUCAAGGAAAGUGAAUUUAUCAUCUCUCAACAAAAGAAAGCUGAAAAUGCUUUGGCCCACCAAGCAUUCACUUUGAGAUCUGACUUGGAGAAAUCUCUGCAAGAUAAUGCUUCAUUAUAUUUGAAAAUAGCCCGAGAAGACAAGUUAAAUGUUGACAAUCGUUCAGUGGUCAACGAUUUCCAAUCUGCACUUGUGGAGCAGUUAGGAUGCCUUGGAAACACCGUCACCUCAUCUAUUUCUCAACAAAACAAACAUCUCCAGUGUAUUGAAAAUCUCUGCAAUUCCUUUUUUGAUAUGCACCAUAAGGCUGUUGCUGAUAUGAAAAAGAAAGUGACUAAUUCGAGAGCAUUGUUUAUCUCUCAUAUUGAAGCACUACAAAAUGUUAUCCGCUUACACAAUGCAGGUUCCAAUGCUGCAUUGGAGGAGAUUUCUUCCUUAACUUCUCAUAAUGCUCAAUCCGUUGAACAGUUUCUCGUGGCAGAGUCUACUGAAGCAAGUUCUUUCUUUGAUGACAUUCAAGUAGCUUUAUCUACUCAGCAAAGUGAAAUGGCACUCUUUGCUCAUGAUCUUCGUCAGAAAUUCAAUGAAAGUGUCGAUCGUUCAAAAGACAUGUCGACUUUCACUAUCGGAUAUCUGGACCAUCUUAUAGAGGAAUCAAGAAAGCUUCAAAGCCAUUCAACCCAAGUUCAUGAAGAUCAGACCAAAACCAUAAUAGAUUUCAGGAAGGCUUAUGAGGACCAAUCCAAAUCGGAGGCAGAAAAGCUCAUUGCUGACAUGACCAACUUAGUGUCUAGUCAUAUUCGUCGUCAACAAGAGAUGGUGAAUGCAAAACUUGUGGGCCUCGAAGAAACUGUCACCGGGAACAAGAAGUUUUUGGAUGGUCAUGUUUCAUCCACAAAUGGUGUCACAUCAGAUGCAAAAAGGAAAUGGCAGGAGUUUGCUAUGCAAACUGAGAAUCAUGUGAAUGAUAUGGCUGUUUUCUCUGCUGCCAAACACUGUCGAAUGGAAGUACUCAUUCAAAAAUGCGUAAGUACUACUGAUACAGCAGUCCAGCAUUGGAACAAGACACACGAGCACGUGAAGGAAAUGGGCUGUCAACAUGUUUCAACCAUGGACUCUCAUGUCAGGGAUUUAUGCGAUAGUAAUGAUCAGCAUGAUGCUGAGAUCAAUUCUGUACGUGCAACCGUUGAAGAAGAUGUGGCAACAAACAGUGACGAAAUUAUUCAGUAUUUCUCAAGUACAUCAGAGAAAGAAUGUGAAUCAAUAAAUGGGAUUCUAGCAACAACUAAAUCUCAUGCAAAUGAUUUAGACAGUCUUCAUGAGAAUCAUUCUGUCCAAACUAGUGCAAUAAAAAAGAAAGCAACAGAUGCCUUCCAACAGGAAUAUAUGGAAUACGAGGAAACAGGCACAACACCGGUUAGAUCAGAACCAGCUGUUCCAAGUAAGGCAGCAAUUGAAUCGCUUCAAACAUUACCAAUGGAGGCUCUAAUGGAGGAAUUUCGAGGAAAUAACUCUUACGACUUUUCUGGAGUAAAAGAACAAAGACCUUCACUUAUACCGCGUUCACCCCUCACACAGCUCAAUUGAGACAUGAAAAUGGAGUAAUGGACGUGAGGUGAUAUCAUUAUCAUCAUCUUCCCUUGUAGCAGUAGUCAUUGUUCUUCUUCUGUAUUGCAAUUUGAAAAGAACACAAUGAUUCUGUGAUCAAUCUAAAGGAGGUCUAAUUUGGCAGGAGUUUUAUUUUCAUCUUAUUUGGUCAUUGGUUUUAUGUCCAACCAUAAAAAAAGCUCUGCUGUUUAUACAAUGUGUAAGACAUUAUCACUUUUGUAGUAGGCUUGAGUGACAGUUCCAUGUAGUUACAAUAUUGUUCUAAUGACAAUGUUAAAGUUUAUUGUUUUUGC